GAGGGCAGGCCUUCGCCCGUGGCCGCCCUUCAGGGCGGGCCUCGAGGUCCCUAAAAAGGAAGCGGAGCCGGGCCGAGCGGCUUCCAGGGCGAGGACGAGCAGGGUCCAUCUGCAGGGCUGACUGGUUGCUAGAGAAUUGCGGAAGUUUAUUGCCAUGGCAGGAAACAGAGGCACCGUCAAAGGGACCUUCAACUUCAACCCUGAGGCUGAUGCCCAGAAUCUCCGUAAAGCUAUGAAAGGCUUGGGUACUGAUGAAGAUGCCAUCAUUGACAUUUUGGUCAACAGGAGCUUGUCCCAACGGCAGGAGAUUAAGAUUGCCUACAAAUCCAGUAUUGGUCGGGAUUUGAUUGAUGACCUGAAGUCUGAGUUGAGUAAGAAUUUUGAGAAAGUUAUUAUUGGGCUGAUGACCCCCAUCACCCUGUAUGAUGUAGAGGAGCUGAAAAGAGCAAUAAAGGGAGCUGGGACAGAUGAGGGCUGCCUGAUAGAAAUCCUGGCAUCUCGUACCAAUGAGGAAAUCCGGAGGAUUAAUGACACCUAUCACCGUCAGUAUGGAACCACCCUUGAGAAAGACAUUGUUUCAGAUACUUCCUCCAAGUUCCGGAGAGUCCUGGUAUCCCUGUCGACUGGCAACAGGGAUGAAAGUAAGCAUGUCGACCAGGGGCUGGUCCAGGAGGAUGCCCAGUGCCUGUAUGAAGCAGGAGAGAAGAAAUGGGGCACCAGUGAGGGUCAGUUCAUUACCAUCUUGUGCUCCAGAAGCAGGAGCCAUCUGUUAAGAGUAUUUGAUGAAUACAAGAACAUUGCUAACAAAGAUAUUACAGAGAGUAUUAAAUCCGAGAUGUCAGGAGACCUUGAAGAUGCCUUGCUGGCAAUAGUAAAAUGCAUGAGAAAUAGACCUGCCUACUUUGCUGAACGGCUGUACAAGUCUAUGAAGGGGUUGGGGACCGAUGAUGACACUCUGAUUCGCCUGAUGGUUUCUCGCUGUGAGAUCGAUAUGAUUGACAUUAAGGCAGAGUUCAAGCGCAUGUAUGGAAAAUCCCUCUACUCUUUCAUUAAGGGAGACACCUCAGGGGACUACAGGAAAGUUCUGCUCCUUCUGUGCGGCGGAGAAGACUAAGAGCUUCCAGAUUUCUUCCCCAUCUUGACAUUGAAGACAUGUCCCUGGCUGUCCCCAUAGGACAAAGGUGGAGAACUAUGGCCCUAUUUUAUGACUUUGGACUUCAACUCCCAGAAUUCCUAAGCCAAGAUGGCUGACUCAGGAAUUCUGGGAGUUGAAGUCCACAAGUCACAAAAAGGCCGUAGUUCCCCACCCCACGGUAGAUGACAAGUAGUUGAAUCUUUUGUAACAGUGCUUUUAAAAAUGCCAACCAUAUCAUGCUAACGUUGAUUGUGCCUGCUCUCUAUUUCUAAAUUUUUAAAAAAAAUUAGCCCCUGCUUUGAAACAGGUGGACAAUAUGCAGUAUAAAAUGAGCAAUACAAUAAAACAUUUUAAAAUUU